AUGGUCGCCACUCGCGCGCAGAGAGCACAGACCAAGGACGAGCCCGCCGUUCCCAAGAAAGGCGCUCUAAGAGAGCCCGCUCGCCGCGGCAAGAAGGCCGAAGCCGAGACGCCUGCGCCUGCCCGGAAGCCCACGCGCGGCCAGCCGACAACGGCAAAAAAGACUGCCGCAUCCGCCGUUGCGACGCCAACCGCAAAGUCAGCUGCGCCCUCCACGCGCCGGACACGCGGAAAAGAUGCCGUCGCGCCUGAGAAUACCGACCCCGCCCAUGAACCCGACGCCGACCAAGACUCCGCAACAUCCGCUCCUGUGAAGGCUACCAGGAAGACUGCGACCAAGCCUGCGCCGAAGCAGACAACAGCAACAACCCGCAAGCGAUCCGCGAAGGACAUCGAGCCCGAAACCGCCCGUCCGGCCAAGAGACAAACGCGGUCUCGCCUCACCGAGGAGCCCGAAGAAGCUACACAAACCCACACCAUGGAAGACGAAUCGAAGAAGGCACCUGUCGCGGCUCGGGCGACACGCGCGACCCGCGGCACCAAGGCAUCCGAGUCACGCUCUACAGCCGCAGUCAAGCCUUUGGCCCAGCGCAUUACCGUCAAUGCUAAGAAGCCGACACGCAAGGCAAAGGCCGACGUGUCUGAGCCUCCUGCUCCCGAGGUCCAGAUGGAGGAUGUCGAAGAGGCGCCUGCUCCAGACUCGCUAAGGUCGACAAGAAAGUCUUCAAGACGGGCUGCGAGCGAAGAGCCGCAGGAACCCACUUCGGAUGCGCCAGUGGAGCCUACCCCUGCAAAGUCGGCCAAGAGAUCGACGAGGAAGAAGGUUUUGGACGAGGUUCCUGAAGUCCCGGCAGAGGAUGUGGAGGCGGAGAACGAGCAACCCGCUCCUGCAACCCCGAGUAAGUCGACCAAGGAGGAAUCGGAGAAGCCUGCGGAGGAAGAGGUAAACAAGGCCGAGGAGCUCAAUAACGAGCCCGUCGCUGAGGAACAACACCAAGUCUCCACCCCAGUCCAGACGCCCGCGGCCCCUCAGCACCAACCAGAGACUCCGGCAAAGCCGACACCCGCUCCACCAAAGUCAAUCCUUAAAACAGCUCGCUCAGCGGCAAAAGAGAACGUCCCUCCCAGGACUCCUGGUCCUGCUCACUAUGCGACUGCUCUGCCAUUCGCCGAGGAGGCUACUCCAUUUUUCAGACCCGAACACGCUCCGAGCACCGUCAGCUUGCAAGCCAGGACCCCGGGUUUGAACAAGUCUUUGCUUCAUGAGACGCCCCGCAGGGCACCCAUCGCUACUCCGUUCAAGCUUCAUCCCACCAUGUCAGCGGUGAAGCCAAUGCUUGAAACAAACUCUGGCAGCAUCCUCAACAGCCCUGCGAAGAAGGGCCCACUUGGUGCAUCCACGCAUGGAAUGACGCCCAUGAGGCCGACAGCUGCGAAGCCAGAGUCCAAGAGCUCGCUUCUUCAGACACCUGCGAAGAAGGGCUUAAUGCUUCCCCCCUCUACUGCUCCAGUCAACAGGCAAGGUUUCCAGCCGACUCAAGCAAAGUCGUCUCUUCUUCAGACUUGCCCCCGCAAGAUAGCCCUACCAGGCCUCCUUCCCAAGUCUUCUAUGACCUCUCCAUCGAAGGCGGAUGAAGGCAAGAUGGGAUCUUCUCUUCUGUCUGCCACGCCACGCAAGGGCUACAUCGAGCCGCCGACUCAACCUGCCUUUGGAACCAGCGUUCAGGAUUUCGCGACUCAGGCGCAGAAUUCCGUGCUAGCAGCUGAGCCUCGCCGCUGGAACACGCCCGCGAGGACUCCUGCUCAGCGUUUCGCUACCCCCGGCAAGACUCCUGCCAAAUCUCUUGUAGAUGCCGAUGCGGGCAGCCCCACACCUGUCAAGAAGACCCCUGCUGGUCUGAAGGACGUCAACUCCGCCAUCAAGUUGCUCCACGCGGCGUCGCCUGCCAUGCCACCGGCUACGCCGACGGAGCAGUUUGUUCAGGGUGUCAUCGACAAGAUCGACCAGAGCAUGUCGGAGUCGGAAAGCGUCCAACAAGAGUCCUCAAGAGCUCAGAGCCAGGAGAUUGAAGUCGCCAGGUCCACUGAGGAGCCGGAAUCCCAGCAUGAUCAGGAUGACAUCGCUGCGGACUUGGAGCUCCAACACCCUGUUGCCGAGGAGAUGGAGCCAUGCGUUUCUCCUACCGAUUUGAUCAUGUCUGGCAGCGAGACCCCAGUGGGAUCUCCGCGCGCUGAGCCCGCAGAAGACUGUGUUGCCAUGGAGGAGGAGCACAUUGAUGUCCCCAUGCAGGACGCUGCGCCCGCGGAUGAUGCCGAGCUCAAUGAGGCCACUGAGUUUGUUCAGGAUGCUGCUCCUCAUAUGGAGCAGCCUAUCUCUGAGGAGCCGAAUGCUGUCGAGCAUCACCACGAAGACUAUGUCGAGGUUACCCCUGCUCGCUCUGAGAUUCAGUUCAUCGAAGAUGUACACGACGUCGAGGAGGCGGCGCCUGAGCACGAACCCGAGGUCCAGCCUGCCGAGUUUGCUUCGGAAAUCAUCCAUGCCGAGGAGGAGCAGGCUGAGGAGCAGGCCGUGGAACCCACCAUUUUUGAGCAUACCACGAUGGUCCAAGAAGAAAUUGUAGUAGAGACUCGGGAGACUCCCGCUCCCGAAGUUCUUGCAAGGCCUUCAACCCCUACAAUGGAGGAGCAAUAUACUGCUGCUAUUGCCAAGGACAAGGCUAAGACCGAGCGUCGCGCUCGCCACAAGCGCCUUUCUAUGGCCAUCGAGCUGGAGAGUUCCAUCAAGAAGCCGAGGCAGAGCUUGGCUUUCAUCCCUUCCCUCACUCCGGCCAAGUCUUCCCUACGCUCGCCCUUCAAGAAGCCCUUCGGAUCUCCCAAGAAGUCCGUUGCUUGGGCGACUGAGCCUAUCCAGGCCAAGAUCAUUGAGGAGUCUCAGCAGCCGCAGACUCCCAAAAAGGUCGACGCCGAUCUUGAAGCCAACAUCCCCCAUCCCGACAACGGGCUGUUGACCGGCACCGCUUUCUUCGUCGAUGUCCGCACUGCUGAGGGCGAAGAUGCUGGCGACCUUUUCAUCCCUCUCCUCGAGGAGAUGGGCGCUAAGAUCGUCAAUGAAUGGAACGGCAUCGACGAAAGCAUCAGCCACGUUCUAUUCAAGGAUGGUGCUGUAGAGACUCUUGAGAAGAUCGCCGCUGCCAACAGCGCCGUGCAGGCCGUCAACAUCGGCUGGGUCCUCGAUUGCGAACGCUUCAACAAGCGCGUCGCCGAGGAAGACUACCAGAUCGAAGUUUCCCGCCUUCUGGGCAACAACAGCCCCCUCCGCACCCUCUUCGCCCUGAGCGCCGCCAACACCCCGGCCCGCGCCACCCCCGCCAAAUCCGCCUUCGGCACGCCCUUCGCCCUCAUGAGCCUCACCCCCAAGGGCAAGCCCACCCUCAGCCCCUUCGCCGACAUCACCACCACCACCCCGAAGCCCGCCUCCACCGCCACCCCCAUCGAGAUGGACAAGGAAAACACGCCUCCCACGCAGCUCCUCCUGUUCAAGACCCCGACCAAGGCCUCCCCGUCCGUCACCGUCACCGCCGUCGGCGCGGGCGAGUUCUCGCCCUCGACGCCGUACUUCCUGCACGCGGAGAACAUCACGCAGAAGACGUGCCCGCCGAAGCAGAGCAACAGGGGUCUGUUUGACCGUGCCGCCGCCGCCUCCACGACGGCGGAUGGCGACGGCAAGGCGCCGUUGGCCGUCACGCCGUUCAGGCAGAAGAUGUUGCUUGCCAGGCGCAGUUUGAGCCCGGCGGCUUUUGGGAGGGCGCGGGGGAUUUAG